AUGCCUAUACGUGAUGCUGUAAGAACGAGUGUUCUGUCAAAGAAGUGGACAUUGUACUACUCAACCAUUCCUGAGUUGGAAUUCGAUGACAAAUUCUCCAAAGAACUUCAGAACUUUGCCAUUGCCCAGAAGAAACUUCGUAUAUUAUCUGAAGUUGAGCUCGAGCACAAGUACCAAUUGGAUGAAAUUGUCACUAGAUUUCUUAUGUUUCAUCCUGGUCGAAUAGAGAAAUUUAAAGUAUUUGUUCCAAAUUUCAAAUCAACAAGGGCUCCUAAUGUUAGCAAAUGGAUUCGAAAAUUAUCUCAGAAAAACAUCAAGAAAUUAACCUUAGAAUACAAGAAGGACAUUGUGAGUCAUAAGUUAUCUUCGUAUUUCUUUUCUUGUUUGGAUUUGACAAAUUUGAAGCUCCGUAAUCUUCAUUUAUCGCAUCAUCCACCAAAUUUUAAAGGCUUCCUAUAUCUUUACCAAUUAGAGCUUAUUGGCGUUCACUUUGUCAACGACUAUUUUGAAUGUUUUCUCUCCAGCUGCCCUGUUCUUCAGAAGCUAGUGUUGUAUGGAUGUUCUGGUGUUCAUCAUUUUAAUAUAAGUGGUUCUAAACUCCAACGGUUGUUCAUCAAGGUCGAUGAUGAUUUUCAAUCAAUUUCCUUAGAAAACCUUCCUAACUUGACUGAAGUUUCUAUUACGUUGGACAAAGUUGUACUAAGCCUGGAAAACAAUCCUAAAUCUGAUUUGGUUUUGGAUAGCUUGCCUAGCUUAGAAAUAAUUCGUCUAAAUGGCAAGUUUCUACAGCUCCUAGCUGAAACUCUAGUUCCGCCUAUUCUAUCAACAUCGCUAGACUCUCUAAAGAUUAUUGAACUCAAAGGUGUAGAUUUUAUGAGCUUCGAUGAGAUCUCUUUUGUUGUAUUCUUGAUUAGGAGUGCUCCGAAUUUGCAAGAACUUCGUAUUGAGGCUUCUACCGUCGAGCUAAACCAAGAGCAAGUCUCAGGUUAUCUAAAACGCCUGCAUUGCACAAUGGGCAAACUUCAUCUGAUCAAGUUAACUAAUAUCUCGAGUUUUGUUCCUGAGUUUGAGUUUAUACAAUUUCUUCUCUUUAGCUCGCCAUCACUCGUGACAAUGAGCAUUGUGGAGCAUCCAGAGCUUGAACCUGUAGAAGCAUUGAGAAUUACUAAGAGGCUACUCCAGCUUCGGCUAUCAUCAGCAGUUCUUAUUGGGGAUAAUUGUGCAAUAUAUAUGAUGCUUCCUAAUGAUAAAAAACUUUGUAGUGCUACUUUACCUUCUGAUGUACUUAGCAACCUUCCUGAGAAUGUACUUGAUGACAUUCUUAUUCGUAUGCCCUUACGAGAUGUUGUGAGGACAAGUAUCUUAUCAAAGAAAUGGAGAUAUAAUUGGUGCAGACUUCCUGAGUUAACGCUUGAUCAAACACUUUGGGACUCAACAAAUGAGUCAAUACCCUUUGUAACUAGGUUUACAGACAUAAUCUACCACCUUUUGGUACUUCAUGUCGGACCAAUUACAAAGCUUAUCCUCUCUGAUAUUGCUAAUCUUGGAAAUUACUCUAAAAUUGACAAUCUGGUAAUGUUCCUCUCGAGAAAUGGUAUUCAACAUCUUGUUCUUCAAUUCCCGAAGGAUAAACCAUAUAAAUUGCCAUCUUCAUUUUUCACAUGUUCGCAAAUGAGACAUCUGAAUCUUCAUUAUUGUUCAAUUCAGCCUUUAUCUACCUUCAAAGGAUUUAGUGAGUUAGUUAGCCUUGAAUUGUGUGAAGUCACAAUUUCUUCCGAAAUGCUUGGAAGUUUAAUCUCUCAUAUCCAGUUGCUCGAGAAGUUGGUGCUGUGAAUCUCAAGUAUUUUAGACCACAUUCAAAUUGAUGAUCCCAAGUUGAAAUCCUUCAACUUCACAGGCGAUAUACAUAUACUUUCCUUAGGGAAAGCACCUUUUCUUGUGAAACUUUCACUUGUGAAUACAGCAGCUACUCUGAAGGCAGGAAAACAUAUUUCCAAGUAUUUUGAGUUUUGUCCUUCUCUCGAGCAUCUCCACUUGGAUUAUAGUAGUCUCCAGUUCUUGGCUGCAGGAUCAGGUGAUAUAGCAGCAAAGCUUUCCUCUCCUCUUAAUUGUCUUAAAAGUCUUUGCCUAUCCGACAUUUGUCUGGAUGAAUCAGUUGAGCUUUCAUUUUCUCUUUGCUUGAUAAGAAGCUCCCCAUAUCUGCAAGAUAUUCAAAUGAAGAUUGAUUAUGUGGCAUUGAACAAAUUGCUUUUACCUGUGCCCGAUGAUGUUGUUUCAUCUUGA